ACAAUCAACUAACUUAUAAAAUUCAGCCCGGUUUCAUUUAAUUCUCUCUAUUGCAAUUACUUCCUCUCAUCAUCAUCAUCGCCUUCUCCGUCAUACAUAUCUUCUCUACCUAAGCAUAUUGUUUGUUUUUCUGUUUCUGCAUCAUUUAUAAUAUCAAACCGUGACAUAAUUUCAAACUGUGAUAACAAAGAAUGGUGUGGUUCAAAGAUGAUGGUAUGGUGUAUAAGCCACUGGAAGAACUUGAUUUUACUCCUAAUAGCAAUGAAACUUACAUUGAAUCGCAUGUCAAAGCUCCUCGUAUGGCUGGGAUUAUCAUUAAGAUCUUUACAUGGCUUUUGGAAAUAAGGGGUUUUGGUUCUUCUGUCUUGUAUAUAUUGAAGAGAGACAAUCUUAUUCACAAGCUUGUCUCUUUCGCGAAGUUGAAGGAGCCACCUGCAUUUGUACCCUCUUAUCCUUGGAAUGAUCUCAAUGAGCAAGAAGUAAAGUCGAUCCGACCUGAUUUAUCCCCUCUCCAGCAAGUUGAAGAAACCACGUACUGCUUUCCUUCAUGGGAAAAGGCAAUACUAAACUCUGAAUGUAGUUUUCGGCGUUGGACUAUUCAAGAUUAUUCAAGGUCUUACGCUUCAGGAGAAACAACUCCUCUAACGGUAGCUAAGCGUCUUCUUGCUGUUAUUCAAGAAUCUUCUAUGCCCCCCUUACGAAUGUCAUUCUUUAUUAACUACGAUGCUGAGGAUAUUCUAAAGCAAGCUACUGAGUCAACUCUUCGGUAUCAAAACGGUAAACCAUUGUCAAUUCUGGAUGGCGUACCAAUUGCAGUUAAAGAUGAAAUAGACUGCUUGCCAUAUCCAACUACGGGAGGUACCAAAUGGAUGCACAAAAUUAGACCAUGUAUAGAGGAUGCAUGUUGUGUGAAGCACCUAAGAUCAUGUGGUGCUAUACUAAUCGGAAAAAGCAACAUGCACGAGCUUGGUGUUGGAACAAGUGGCAUCAAUCCCCAUUAUGGAGCUGCUAGGAAUCCUUAUGAUAUCAAUAAGAUCUCCGGUGGUUCUUCUAGCGGAUCUGCCACACUGGUCUCUGCAGGAUUGUGUCCAGUUGCACUUGGUGUUGAUGGAGGAGGUUCUGUCCGUAUGCCUGCUGCUCUUUGUGGUGUUGUUGGUUUCAAACCAGGUUUCGGCCGUGUGUCUCAUUCAGGUGUUCUUCCUCUGAACUAUACAGUAGGAAUGGUUGGUGUAUUGGCAGCCACAGUUGAAGACGCAUUUAUUGUUUAUGCAGCUAUAAGCAGCAACAGUCCGUCAGAUCACCCCGUUUCUUUGCAGCCUAAAGUAGAUUUUCCACUUUUGAAGUUUACGAACUCAAUUUCUAAUAUCAAAAUGGCGAAGUAUGGGGAGUGGUUUGAUGAUUGCAAAGAUGAAAUAAAAAACUGCUGCUAUGAUGCCCUGGACCUGCUUAGCAAGACUUACGGGUGGAAGACUGUGGAGACAACUAUACCCGAAAUUGAAGCGAUGCGUCUCGCACACUAUAUAACAAUUGGUUGUGAAUGUAAUGCUUCACUGAACUCUCAUUCAGAGAAGAUUAAGCGUUCAGAGUUAGGUUGGGACGCAAGGGUAGCACUUACUGUAUAUGCCUCAUUUAGCAGCGGAGAGUAUUUGAAUGCCCAACGAGUUAGAAAUCGUCAUAUGCAAAUUUACGCGAAGAUCUUUAAGUCUGCUGAUGUAAUUGUUACGCCUACAACAGGUGUCACAGCAUAUCCAAUUACAAAAACUGCUAUAAAAUAUGGCGAAUUUGAUUACCAUAACGGAGCUGCACUUGUAAGGUAUCAGAUACUGGGGAACUUUCUUGGAUUGCCUGCGGUGACAGUUCCGGUUGGAUAUGAUAAAUUUGGGAUGCCAAUUGGUUUGCAAUUCAUUGGGAGACCACAUUCUGAAGCCACUUUAAUCCAUAUAGCUUCCGCAAUGCAGAAUUUGUGCAUCUCAAGCUACAGAAAACCACAGGUUUUCUAUGAUUUACUCGGUAAAGAUGCAGUACGAGGGCCGACAAUAAUGGAAGGACAUCAAAACAUGCUUAUGAUGUCUUCAACUAGUCAUUGAUUUACUUGGUUAUGAAAUUCAAUCAGUGUAAACAGAGAACUUAUACUGAACUACUUUGGUUAGUCUCUGGCAUUUGGAGCAUUGGUGGCUUAUGUAUUCCUGCGCCAUAUCUAGCUAGUUAUUACACAUGAAUAAGUACUUGAAAUUUUGAAUUUCUAAAUACUUCACACGGCAAUAUAUGCUUCAUGUAAAUUAAUGUAUUUCGUAUUA